AUGGCCACUACUUCUGGAACCAUGCCGAUGCCAGCAUCUGGGUCGGUUGAGCUUGUGACUGAGCUCCUGUGGCAGCAUGCUAUCAGCCAUCUGCAGAAGACAAACAACGAGAUUCUUCUCCCAAUUGAUAUUCGCUCCAUUGUUGGGGGAGCAAGCAUCGAAGUCAUCAAGACUCGUUUAGAGAAAUUACUGAACACGCCAGUUGUGGCAUUCGAGGACAGCGUGAACAGAGUCUAUCGCAUCAUGCCAACUCCAGCAUUUGAUCGCCAAAUCGGGGCUGCUGUUUUGCCAAUGAGUCUGGCUGCCAAUAAUCGCAGCAUAGCUACACAGCCAUUAAAUGGCAAUGAGCUUGUCAGUCAAGACAUCAUUUGUCAAGUGAAGGCUCCAAAAGUCCCUCGCCCGCCAAAUGCCUUCAUUCUGUAUCGCCAACAUCAUCACCCUGUCAUUAAGGCAGCGCAUCCUGAGUACCAUAACAAUGACAUUUGUGAGUUAGCAACAAAAUAUAACCUUAUCUACUCUCUACUGACUUUACAAGCUGUUCUCUUGGGGAAGAAAUGGAAAGCAGAAACAUCUGAGACGAAAGCACACUUCAAGGCACUUGCUGAAGAAAUCAAGAAAAAGCAUGCCGAAGAAAAUCCAGGUUAUCAGUAUGCUCCUAGAAAACCGUCUGAAAAGAAACGUCGUUGCACGAACCGCCGUAAUGGACCAGCUCCUACUCAGAAACACGCAGGUGGCGAUGGAAUCGAAGUUUCCCUUCAUCUUUCUCAGAAUGGCAUUUCAGGUCUCAUCCAAAGCGAUGCCGAGGGAAGUGGAUUGUCUCCCGAGAGCACAGAGAGUGCUCCAGCUACUCAGCGUGAGCAACUGCCCCCUUCUCCUCCAGUCACUACGAGUUCGGCCUUCCAUGAUGCUCUUGCCAAUCAAAGCGACCAAUUUGUUAUGGGUAUUCAAGGUGGAGAGUUCUUGUCCUAUGGUCGUCGUCGCCAUUCACCUACAAAUUCUAUGUCUACAGUCAGCCAGCUGGCUCCUAUUCCUCCAUUGCCUCAGCAAUUACCUCAGCAACUGAAUGCACCGCAACCCCCUGCUGAAGACUCAACUCAAAAUGAUUGGACAACUGAUGUUGAUUUCGAUUUCGAUGAAUACUUCCUCGAUGAUGCUCAGUGA